AUGAAUAAAUCAACAGAUAGUUUUACUUCCACAAGUAACAGUGCCAAAGUUCCAAUGUUAAAGUCUGGUAGUCCAAAAGUACUACUGCGAAGAACAACUAUUUCCGAAGGUUCUUUGUCGCCACCCGGCAGAUUGCUAGGUCGUCAACUUAUAUAUGGUGCCGCUUCACCAAAGAGUAGCUUCAACUUGUUGGAUCACGUUUGCUCUGAAAAUCACCACUAUGUCAAUGGUAAUAAUAAUAAUGGUAAUCAUCACCUUCCACAACCACCCACCAAAUGGAUAUCGGUCAAACCGAGAGCAUCGGUGCCUCGCUCCGCCAGAAUUCCAGUUUCAUCGACACGCACACCCACCUCGAAACGCAGAGAACGCGAACACUCCAAUCCACGCAACAUGAUAAAUUACAACAAUCAAUCGAGUUUUUCAGAGUUGGAGACGAUUCUGCCACCGGUUGGUCCCGACGAAGAUUGCAAUGCACGCAUUCCAUACUAUCCGAAUAUGCUGAACAUCGGUGUCAGUCCAUCGAUUCUCGCGCCAAUCAACCAUGGAUUUCCCUCGACAACCAUGAUGACCACCAUUGGUGAUUGGAAACAGGCAGUUCCACCCAACCAGCAGAUCGCCAAACCAUCGGAAAACCAUCCACUCAUCUCACAGCAAUCUGCAGCUGCUCAACAGCAGCAACAACAACAGCAGAAUCUCAAAAAGAAUGAAAAGUAUGCACUCGUUUUGUUUGAUUUCGAAGCGGAUUGCUCCGAUGAAUUGCAACUGACAAAGGACGGUGUCAUUAUUGUCUGUGAGCAGACCACCGAUGGUUGGUGGCGUGGUCGUCACCUCGAUGAUUCACCUUCGAAAACCGGAACAUUCCCAGAGAACUAUGUUAAACUCCUGGAUAUUAGCGAUCAAUCGAUUGCACAGUUGUUCCAUUGCUCAUCGACACCGUCAGCAGCAGCAGCAGACGGUAGUGGAUCGCACCUAUCACAACUCCAAUACACAGAUCCCGAGAUCUGUUUCUCCAACUCGAUCAGUCAUCGCAAUAAGAUCGUAACACCGUACAAACAACAGAAACCAGACAUCAAAGUCAAAGUCUACGUUCCUCCACACGGCGAACACAUCAUGAUAACAUUGGGACAGAACGCAACACUCAAAGAUCUCCUUGCCAAAACCGGAAGAAAGCGUAAGAUUUGGCAACAACUAGGUGUUUCCGUGCACUUUGAACGUGUCAAUCAACACCAACAAUCACUGCCACUCCCAAUGGAUACACCCGUUCUAAUGUUAGGUUCAAGUAGAGAAUCCGGUAUUAGAUUAUUCAUUGAAGGUUUAGAAUAUAGACAAGAACGACAACAACAACAACAACAAGUAAAUAACAAUAACAAAUUAUCAUCAUCAUAUUCAUCAUCAUUAUCAUCAUCAAACCCAAGAUCAAGAUCACAAUCACUUACAAACUCACCAAUGAUGUCAUCGUCGGCAGCUGUUUCCACUUCGAUAACAUCAUCUAUCAACAAUCAAUUUCAAGGACACUUCAAUGUAAAUAUUAAAGGACAAGAAGAGUCAAGCGUAAAACAAUGGGUAACUUUAAAUAGUUCAUCCAUUAAAGUAUUUAAUUCACCAUCCGAUAAAAAGCCAUUACGUAUACUUGGUAUAAAGUUCUCAACUGUAAAGUUACAGCAAAAGAUGAACAAGUAUACAGUUAUCUUUAAAACAAUCUUCCAAACCAUCUAUUUCAUAACGGAAUCAAAGACGUUGGCAACCUAUUUUUUACAUUCAAUAGAGACAUCAAAUGAAUAUCGUGAUAACAAUGUUUUACUUAAAAAGAGACAACAAAAACAAUUGAUAAAGUCAACGGAAUCACUUGAAGAUGCUCUAAGUUUAGAUCGUAAACAGAUAAUGAUGGAUAUCAGAUCAAGAUAUUGCAAUAGAUAUUGUGCAGAUUGUAACGGACCUGAUCCAGAAUGGUCGUCGGUAUCACUCGGUUGUUUCCUCUGUGAUGACUGUUGCCAUAUCCAUCAGAAUCAAUUGGGUCUACAAAUGUCAGAGAUCUAUUCAGUUCUAUUAGAUGAUACUUGUUAUGAAUUAUCAAAUUUAACAAUAUUCCAAAGUAUUGGUAAUGCAGUUUCAAAUCAGUAUUGGGAAUAUAGAUUAAAAGAUAAGAAGAUCAAUUCAAACAGUACAUUGACAGAGAAAGAAGAGUAUAUCAAGUCAAAGUAUAAGAACAAAGAUUAUAUUCCAUUGGAUAUCAAUUUAUUGUCACCAAUAGAGUUACAUCACUCUAGAAUAGAACAAGAUAAUCCAACAACAACAACACAAUCGAAAUAA